UCUACGUCACCGCAUUGCAGGAAGUGCCCGCCGUGACUGAACCACGUAGUAAAUAAUCAAACAGAGCCGGAGAAAAGCGGAGAAAAGCGAAUAAGAAGAGUGUAAAAGCGGACACAUCAGCGAGUAGCGGAGGGACAUGGCACUGGGGGACUGUUGGAAGCAGCUGUCCUGGUUUUAUUACCAGUAUUUGCUCGUGACGGCGCUGUACAUGCUGGAGCCGUGGGAGAGAACCGUCUUCAAUUCGUUGCUGAUCUCCGUUGCUGCGAUGGCUGUUUACACUGGAUAUGUGUUCAUGCCUCAGCACAUCAUGGCCAUCCUGCACUACUUUGAGGUUGUCCAAUGACACGCUCCCGUUCACCUCUGACCUGCCCAUUCCUGCCUCACGCCUGCGCCCCGUUGGUCCGUCCACCUGCCCAUCAACUUUCCUCCGCCAAUGGGAAGACUCCAGGCUCUGUGAAAAACAAAAGUUCAAAUUAAUCUUGAACUUUGACCCUUCGUUUUGGACUGUUCCUGCGCACACGAGGUGGUGUGUCUUUAUUAUGAGCACAUUCCAUUUAAAAAAUGUCUUAAAACUAAAUAUACAGAAGUUAUAUUUUAUUUAGUUUUUUUUUUUUUUUUGUGGUUAAAAUGUCCAAAAUGUGACCAGAUUUGUAUGUAUAUGAAAAGUGGUUGGGUUUAAACAGAGGUGGGUUACAUUACAUUUACAGUUACAUUUACUUGAGUAACUUUUUUUGUACUUUUUAAGAGUACUUUUUCAGCUGCAUACUUUUACUCUACUGAGUAAUAUAUUGUACAGUGGAACAGUACUCUUGAGUAAAAGUUGUGAUUCCUCUUCUCACUAUCUAAAAUCUAAAGUGACAAAAGCUUUUUGUGACAAUAUGAAAUUAUUUGAACAUUUGUGUUUCUUGCACUUCUCCUUCAGAUAUGAUUUAGUUUGUCUAAUUUUUGUCUGUAAUUUGGAAAUACCAGAUUUUGUGAAUUAUUUAAAAUUAAUUAAUUUGAAGGACAAAAUAUUAACUCCAAAUUAUAAAUCAGAUGUUAUGUCCCAACAGUUACUUAAUUUUCCCAAAUACUUUUUUUUUUUACUCCCACUACUUUGUACUUCUACUUGAGUAAUGGUAUUUUGAAAAAACUUACUGAGGAAACUUUUGGCCACUCUACCCACCUCUGCUUUUAGUUUUUUUUAUUUUUUAGUUUUUUUUUUAUUUAAAAGUGCACUAUGUAACUUUUCUGAUGCUUGUCUCCAUGGAGAUGUGAUUGCUUUACCUGUAAUGUUCCUCAGUGUGGCAUUAAACGUGUCUCUAGCAUUUA